AUGCCUUUGCCUCUAGCCUCCUGCUUCAGCAGAUCAGCAGAGUGCCUCAGGGCCAAGGCGCCCCUCGCUCGGACCGACUAUCGCCGCUGGAGCUCCACAAUCAGGCGUUCUGAUUCGCUCUGGCCCCCCGACGUUCAAGCCGCGCCUGCGCACGACGCCCAGACGGCGCGGGCCGGAUCCGCCGAGAACCCGGGGGCGGGGCGGACCGGGGAGGGCUGGGCGGAUCCGCCAGUGGGAGCGUGUCUCCUUCGAGGAGGGGACCCACGAGUGUGGUUGCGAGCGAUACGGGCGGCAGAGCGGGGGCGACACGGGGGAAUAGGAAUUGCGGUCCCCCGAGCCUCCUCGCAGGCAGGGGAGAUGCUCCAGAGCCUACCUUUGGAAGAAGAGGAAGGGACAGACUCAGAAGCGAAAGAGGACGGUUCUAUAGAAGAUUCAAAAGAAAUCAACACCGUGGCUUUUGUGAGAGAGAACACUGGGGCGCAAAAGGGACUUCAGAGUGCCCAUUCGCAAGGCAAGAAGAGGAAGAAAAAGAGGUUAGGAUCGCAAGAUGGGGAAUGGGGAUCCAUGUUGGGAAAAGCAGGAGGGACCUGGAGGGGAGGGGGCCUCAGCGGCUAA